AUGACCAAAGACCCCCUUUCCCUCCCCGAGCCCUUUGCCUCUAUUGCACGGACUCCCCUCCUCCUUGGCCCCUCACCGAUCCACGGUCUACCCCGCAUCAGUGCCGAUCUCGCCCGUACCAGCUCUUACCCCCCAGUGACCAUCUAUGCCAAGCGCGACGACCUGAACUCUGCAUACGCUUAUGGAGGCAACAAGACCCGCAAGUUGGAGUACCUUCUAGCGGACGCGCAAGCUCUAGGAUGUGACACCCUAGUCUCUAUCGGCGGUGUCCAGAGCAACCAUACUCGCCAGGUCGCAGCUGUCGCAGCAAGGGCGGGUAUGAAAGCCCGUCUGGUUCAGGAACACUGGGUCGACUGGGUGGAUAAGGGAUAUGACUCUGUUGGCAACAUCCAGCUAUCUCGAUUGAUGGGGGCGGAUGUGCGGUUGGAUCCCUCGGGCUUUGGUAUUGAACAUAAAACGACCGCAAACGCGGUUGUUGAAGAGUGCAAGGCGAAGGGGGAGAAACCUUACUAUAUCCCGGCUGGAGCGUCGGAUCACCCGCUUGGUGGACUGGGAUUCGCGCGGUGGGCACUAGAGGUUCGACAGCAGGAACAGGAACAGGGGAUCUUUUUUGAUACGGUGAUUGUCUGUGCCGUGACAGGCUCUACCCUUGCGGGUAUGAUUGCGGGCUUCAAGCUGCUUGAGCGGCUGCACCCAGAAGACCCCAAGCGCAAGAUUAUUGGGAUUGACGCCUCGGCGACUGUCGAUGCUACGCGGGAACAGGUCCUCCGCAUCGCUCGGAACACGGCCAGUAAGAUAGGUCUGGCCGAGGAUGAUAUCACGGAUGCGGACGUCAUUCUAGAUGACCGCUAUCAUGCUGGGAUCUAUGGAAUACCUGAUCGUCAGACAUGGGAUGCGAUUGAGUAUGCCGCCCGGAUGGAAGCGUUCAUUACUGACCCAGUGUAUGAGGGCAAGAGCUUUGCGGGUAUGUUGGAUAUGAUCAAACGUGGGGAGAUCCAGGGGAGCAAUGUGUUGUAUGCCCACUUGGGUGGGCAGUUGGCUUUGAACGCGUACUCCGAGCUUGGUGCGGAUAAGGAAUAG